CAGUCUUCCACGCAUACAGUAGGUCGAUGCGUGCAACGCCUGCGAGUCAGUCAUCCUUCCUAUUCUUCGUCUUCUUCUGGAGCCUGAUAUCCUCUCCUGUUUCGGGAUUUCUCUUGCAACAUCCUUUUUCAAGAAAACACCAAUCUUGUAGCAGAUGUCUCUCCUCACCCGAACUCGGUCCCCUCCCCGGCCCUGCUCCCGGGCCUCCUCCCGAGCCCUCUCCUCCCCUGCCCAGUAAAGGCAUUGUCACCGUUCUAGGGCCGGAUGGCGCGCAGCUCAGAGUGAUUGAAGCGAAGCCCGGAUCCAACCUGAGAAAGACCCUACAAGCCAGCAAGAUCGACGUGUACGACCUGAUGGGCAAGAUGACCAAUUGCAAUGGCCUCGGCCACGGCAUUACAAGGUGGACCCGCAUCUCCGAUAACGCUCCCUAA